AUGCAGCUUGCACAGAUCUUAGCUAGCGUCCUCUUCACUCUUCCUUCGGCCCUUGCCCUCCCUCCGGGCCUCUCCUCCAGCAAACAACCCGUAUCGCCUUCUUUCUGGGCCCGGGAAUUCCACCCCUCCUCCUUGACGAAACGCCAACAGUCCUGCACCGAAACCUGCGGCGACGUAUGCUACUACCAAUCGACUAUCGACGCCGCUGUCUCUAAGGGCUACUCACUCUUUCAGAGUGGCCAGACCGAAGGGUCUGACGACUACCCGCACCAGUACAACAACUACGAAGGAUUUGAUUUCCCCGUGGAUGGACCGUACUAUGAGUUCCCCAUCAUGGACGACUUUGAAGUUUACGACGGUGGAUCGCCCGGCCCGGACCGCGUCAUUUUUAAUGAAGCGGGCGACUAUGCUGGUGUCAUUACGCAUACUGGUGCCAGUGGAGACGAUUUCGUCGCUUGUGCUGGGGAGGAUCCGUGA